GAGAGACGCUGCCCGUCUCCGUGACUGUCCGCUGACCCGUGGUGACCCGUGACGGAUUGUGACGAGGCCGCCGCCGCGUCACGGCUCCGCUCGGCGUGACGUCCAGCACAGCGGCCGCCAUCGAAAAUCAUUGCCGAACCACUUACAGCGACGGUCAUCGGCGCUGCGGCCGCGUCGGCGCCGUCGUCACCACCGACGUGGGACGGCGUGGGAAAACGCCAGGUGCCCGCUGUAAUUAAUGGCAUGGCAAAUAGAUGGCGCUGGAUGGGGCGGUCGGUCGGCCGGCCGGACCGCCGCCACCGCUAGCGAUGGCAGCCAGUCGAGUCGCAGAGCUGACCGGCGCUCUAGUGCGUGCUCUCGGGAUGGUGUUGGUGGCGGGACGCGCCCUGGCUCGGGCCGCGCGCCGCUGACGACCCGUGCCCGCCGCGCGAUGGAGCGUCCCGGGGCCGGCGGCGCCGAGUACGGUCCGGGCGCCGCCUACUGGGAGUCGCCGUUCUACCCGGUGCCGGCGGCGCACUACGGCCCAGCCGGCAGCCAGGCGGAUUGGGCCAACCACGAUGUCAAAUACAACGGCGCGUACAACAGAUAUCUGAGCGGCGGCCCGCUGCUGCCCGGCUCUCUGACGCCACCCGACAAGCUCGGCUCGGAGCUCGGUCUGCACCCGUCGCCGCACCACCCACACCACCCGCACCACCCGGGCGGGCACCCGGCGCAGCUCGCUGCCGCCGCAGCCGCCGCCGCCGCCGCCGGCACCCAUUUGAUGGGUGUGCCCGGCUCGGGGCCGCUAUCCGUCAACACCCUGUCGAGCAUGCAGGCACCGCCCAGUCCGCUGCCCACACCGAGCCCGCCAGUGCCCUAUCCGAUGGCUAUGAAGGACCAGCGUCUGACGCGGGACGCCAUGAAGCGCUACCUGGAGGAGCACGGUGACCAGGUGAUCGUCAUCCUGCACGCCAAGGUGGCGCAAAAGUCGUACGGAAACGAGAAACGCUUCUUCUGCCCACCGCCCUGUAUCUAUUUAUACGGCGACGGCUGGCGGCGCAAACGGGAACAGAUGCUGAAGGAAGGAGAGUCGGAGCAGGGCGCGCAGCUGUGCGCCUUCAUUGGCAUCGGGAACUCAGACCAGGACAUGCAGCAGCUCGACCUCAAUGGAAAGCACUACUGCGCGGCCAAAACCCUGUUCAUCUCCGACUCGGACAAGCGGAAACACUUCAUGCUCAGCACCAAGAUGUUCUACGGAAACGGCAUGGACAUCGGCGUGUUCCACAGCAAGCGCAUCAAGGUCAUAUCCAAGCCCAGCAAGAAGAAGCAGUCGCUGAAAAACGCGGACCUGUGUAUCGCCAGCGGCACCAAGGUAGCGCUGUUCAACCGGCUGCGCUCGCAGACGGUCAGCACGCGCUACCUCCACGUGGAGAACGGCAACUUCCACGCGUCGUCCACGCAGUGGGGCGCCUUCACCAUCCACCUGCUGGACGAGUCGGAGUCGGAGUCUGAGGAGUUCACCGUCCGCGACGGCUACAUCCACUACGGCAGCACGGUGAAGCUGGUCUGCUCCGUCACCGGCAUGGCGCUGCCGCGACUCGUCAUCAGGAAGGUGGACAAGCAGAUGGCCCUGCUGGACGCCGACGAUCCCAUCUCGCAGCUGCACAAGGUGGCCUUCUACAUGAAGGACACAGAGCGGAUGUACCUGUGCCUCAGCCAGGAGCGCAUCAUUCAGUUCCAGGCGACGCCGUGUCCCAAGGAAAUGAACAAGGAGAUGAUCAACGACGGCGCGUGCUGGACCAUCAUCUCGACGGACCGGGCCGAGUACACCUUCUACGAGGGCAUGGGCCCCGUGCGGACGCCCGUGACGCCCGUGCCCAUCGUCCACAGCCUACACCUGAAUGGCGGCGGCGACGUGGCGAUGCUCGAGCUGGCCGGAGAGAACUUCGGCCCCAAGCUGAAGGUGUGGUUCGGAGAGGUCGAGGCCGAGACCAUGUUCCGCUGUGGAGAGUCUAUGCUGUGUGUGGUACCCGACAUCUCAGCGUUCAGAGGCAACUGGCAGUGGGUGCGGCAACCGACCAACGUACCGGUGUGUCUGGUGCGGAACGACGGCGUCAUCUACGCCACGGGUCUGACGUUCACCUACACCCCGGAGCCAGGGCCGCGGCCGCACGUAUCCGGCGUCCACGACGUGAUGCGGCCCGGCGCGCCGCCGCCGCCGCCGCCCCCCGCGCCCGCGCCGCAGCGCAUCGCCGCCAUCGACAACAUCAUGCCGUACGACACGCCGCCUAGUAUGUAGGCGGCCUGCCCCGGCCGGGCCGGGCGGGGCACGGGCCGCCCAGUCGUGGGGACGGCGCUCAGUGAUGGGUGACGGCGGCGCGCGUGGACAGUGGCCCGGGACGGACGGACAGACGGCCGACCGGCCUCGGCGCCGGCGCGUUUCAUGUGAUAUUGAAAUAUUAUCGUGGUGCACCGACGCGGCGCAGACUAUGUGGCGGUGCGCGCGCUCGUUGACCUGCCGAGUGGUGUGUGUUUGUGUAUGUGCCUGUGAGCGUGCGGCGGCGCGCGCCGGACGCGGUCGAGUCUCAGCGCGCGCGCGGAACGGCGGCCGACAGAGCCGUCAACUGUUUGGAUGUACAAACCUUGUUAUACAUAAUAUGCUAGAAGUGUCGUCGCGAUCUCGGUGCGUAGACGUGUGUGUGCGUGCGUGUGUGCAGAGGCCCGCCAGUGCCCAGGCGGGGAACAGACAGCUAACAACCAAAGGUUUCACCAGCUGUCGUGCGGCGCUCGGUCGCCAGAGGCGCCACCGUCGCCCACUAGGCAGGCCGGCGCUCGGCCCCUCUCAGAUCCUGCGCACAUAUUUAUUUCAUCUCGUUCUGUACAUUGCCGCAGUUUUUCUAAGCAAUAAUAAAUGCGAUGCGAUUGUUUGUGCA